AUGGCUGGCAAUAGGGCGCGUAAGACGCUGCGGGGGAGAUGCGACGUCAACGUGGCUCUGUCCAGUGCAGUCAGCCGAGCUUUAAUGAAAAGGAGGAGAACGCUUCUGCUCGCCAUGGUUAGAACCCGUCAGCUAGGCGACUACACCAUCGUACUGUUCUGUCCUCUGGUGGUUGAGCAACAGGCUGCAUGUCUUAUGUUGGACGAAGUCCACGACGAGCUCCCAGACAGAUCAGCCGGGCAGACCGUUCUCUACACCCUUGGCAGAAUCGCCUCCUAUAAUGUGGCUAUCGCUGGAUACCCAGUUGGAGAAGUUGGUGGGGGCGUGUCGGGGAGCAUGGUGUCGGAGGCGUUGAGAGACUUUCCAAAACUCGAGGCUGGCCUACUUGUCGGAAUCGCUGCGGGAAUUCCGUCUUCAAAGCGUGAUAUUCGCCUGGGAGAUGUGGCCGUUGCCGUCCCUAAUAAGGACAACCCGGGAGUCAUCGGUUAUGAUAUUGUCAAAUUUGAAGAAGAUCAAGUCCGGAUCAAGCAGUGGCAGAACUCGACCCAUUCUCUCUUGCGCUCUGCCAUUAACAGUAUACGAGUCCACCAAGGCCGCCCCGGGUAUAGCUUUACUAGGCACCUUGAGGUUCUGGACAAGGCGGUGGCUUUCAGGCGACCAGGCUCGCCUCAUCCGGACAGUGACUUUCUAGUCUCGGACAUGCAACAGUUUGAUCACCGCGACGAGCCUAUAGUUCACUACGGUACCAUACUCUCUGGGAACGGUGUUAUCAAGUCAAAAGCAAAGAGAGACGAGCUGAGAGAUAAGUAUGAUGGGAUUGCCAUUGAAAUGGAGGCAGCUGGCAUGACGACCAGGCUGCCCGUUGCCGUGAUUCGCGGAAUCAGCGACUUUGCAAACUCGGACAAGAACGAUGAGUGGCAUGCAUACGCCGCCAUUACUGCGGCGGCAUACGCAAAGGAAAUGUUGAUGAGGCUUGGGCCUCUGAAAGAAACCGGGUCAGGAAGAGAAGCCGAGCUUGCAAAGCUGGAGAAGUGGCUGAGUCCCUCGCGUCAGAUGCCGCCACAGAAAUCCGUCGUCUCGCUCUGGGGCCUUGGUGGUGUUGGCAAGUCGCAGCUCGUCUCUGAAUUUCAUAUCCUAAGCUACGUUGAUACUCUCCCCUACGGCUCCAUCGUUCUCAUCACCAGAAGCAAAGAGCUAGCUGGGCGUUACUAUCAGCGGAUUGAAGUCAAGGGCUUGGAUGAAGAAGAUGCCGCCGAGCUUCUCGGGGUAGAGAUUGAUGAACCGUUUCAGAAGGGCAGUCAAGCAUCUGUCCUAUCUAAUUACCCCAUCAGUGUAGCGCAGUACAUCGAGCAGUGGAAGCAGCGACAACUUGAUGAAAGUUUCCCGGCCGAGAAGGCGCUGUCGCACUCAUUCGACGUCAGCUUUGAGGAACUUGAGAGUACUAACCCACUGGCUGCGAAAUUUCUGAUGCUUUUUGGCUUCCUGGACCACAGGGACAUGUGGUACGAUCUUUGCUUGAGCAUAGGCCAUGGCGAAUACCCGGACUGGCUACGGCAGAUGGCAAGCAAGCGCUUCGAUGACUUGUAUAUCCCCAUUCGAAACCUGUCAUUCGUGGAAGCUAAGCCAAACGACUGGAGAAGCACGGUUGUAUACGAAAUCCAUCCCGCAAUUCACGACUUUGCCAGACGAAAGGCAAGAGAAAGAGGCGAUGAGGAGGAGUAUCGACUCGAGCCGCAUGCUGAUCAGUGCAAGAUCUAUUUGGACCAGGGCCGUGGAGGCACUGACUUGGACCUCGUAGAGCUUGAGAAAUUUGGCAACCUCUUCCGCCAUCUUGGGCGCUACGAAGAGGCCUCCGGGCUAUAUGAAACAAUCUUGAGUUUUCUCAAAGAGGAGGAGAAGAACGCGUGUCAGCCAACUAUUGAGCUCAUGGCUGGCAUUGAGAACAAUCUCGGCCUGGUCUAUCAUGCUCGGCGGCAGUACGACCUCGCUCUACGGGCCUUUGACCGUUCAUAUCAAAGACGCCUGAAGAUGACUAUGGGAGACAAUAGUGCACUAAUGGUCACUUUAUACAACAAAGGGCGCAGUCUUUUGAUGCUAGGGCGGCUAGACGACUCGCUGCAGAUGCUACAAAUGGCGGCCGCAUACUUUGCCAAGACGGCGAGGCCCAAUGGCAAUGCCCAUGUCGACCAUCUUCAUCGAGGCGAAGCGAGACGAAUCUACUUUCGGAUACUGAAUGACAUCGGGGAGGUGCGGCUUCGACUCAAUGACACGGACCAGGCAGAACGGGCCUUUAGGGUCGCAUUCGACGGCCAGAAGAAGUACCUCGACGUGUUGCAUCCCGCCGCCUUUGCAAUCAGGCUCAACAUGGGAAGGGUGUGCGUGCAAAGGUCUCGAUUCGCCACCGCCGAGAAGAUAUUCGAGUACAUUAUCGCAACAUACACGAGGUGGUGGGGACGACGCCAUUCAGAGACGAUGCGGGCAGUUGCGGAGCUGGCCGACUGCCAUGCGCGGCACGGCGAAAUGCAGCGUCUGAUGGGCGAAGGAGGUGAUUUCGAGUCAUUCAAGAUGGCUGCGCAGCUUUGGGCCGAAAUUCUGCAAUUCCAUCGGCAAGUAUACGGCGCUAGCUCGGACACUGCCGUCUUGGCAAGCUCAAAGCUACAAAGGCUGCAGUUGAUGCUCAAUCCGAUCCCCUCUGAAGAUCCGUACAGCGUGUACUACUUUUCAGCAAAGGCCCUGAGCAGAGAACGCCAAACUUGA